AUGGCAGCUGCUUUUCGCUUUUUCGGAAAAAAUGGGUACACUGAGGGAACAUCAGGGCAUAUUUCUGUCCGAGACCCAAUACUCCCUGACCAUUUCUGGAUGAAUCCUUUCGCCGUACACUUUAGCCAGCUCAAGGCAUCUGAUAUGGUCCUGGUAGAUGGUGAAGGGUACGUGGUGAAAGGGGGCAAUCAAGCGAUGAUCAACGAGGCCGGGUUCAUGAUUCACUACGAAGUUGUCGUACUGACGUAG